UCAGAACCAGUCCACCAAAACUGUCGACAAGCUACAAGCAACAAGCAACAAGCAACAAGGCAACGCAAGCGCACCACCACCCCAUAUCAGACCAAGACUUCGUCCUUUCGACAAGAACACCAAAAGCAAACGCAACCAUGCAGAUCUUUGUGAAGACGCUGACUGGCAAGACCAUCACGCUUGAGGUUGAGCCAUCUGACUCGAUUGAGAACGUCAAGGCGAAGAUCCAGGACAAGGAGGGCAUCCCGCCUGACCAGCAGCGGCUUAUCUUUGCCGGCAAGCAGCUUGAGGACGGCCGCACGCUGAGCGACUACAACAUCCAGAAGGAGAGCACGCUUCACCUUAUCUUUGUGAAGACGCUGACUGGCAAGACCAUCACACUUGAGGUUGAGCCAUCUGACUCGAUUGAGAACGUCAAGGCGAAGAUCCAGGACAAGGAGGGCAUCCCGCCUGACCAGCAGCGGCUCAUCUUUGCUGGCAAGCAGCUUGAGGACGGCCGCACGCUGAGCGACUACAACAUCCAGAAGGAGAGCACGCUUCACCUUGUGCUUCGCCUGCGCGGUGGCAUGCAGAUCUUUGUGAAGACGCUGACUGGCAAGACCAUCACACUUGAGGUUGAGCCAUCUGACUCGAUUGAGAACGUCAAGGCGAAGAUCCAGGACAAGGAGGGCAUCCCGCCUGACCAGCAGCGGCUCAUCUUUGCUGGCAAGCAGCUUGAGGACGGCCGCACGCUGAGCGACUACAACAUCCAGAAGGAGAGCACGCUUCACCUUGUGCUGCGCCUGCGCGGUGGCAACUGA